AUGGGGCCGGCUGAGCUAUCUUCCAUACGCCACCAGCUAGCUCUUAAGGAAAAAGCUCUGCGUGAUAUGACCCUGAGCAGGGAUCUGCAAACUUCCCUCCGUCGUGAAAUGGAGGAGCUCUGGCAAGCAGCCAAAUAUAGAACUAGGGCUGAAAUAGCCCUCAAGAUGAAAGCUCAAAUAAAGCAUGAGGGCGAACUGGCUUCACUGAAAGAAGAGAAUCGGCUAAAGGAUGAGACCAUCUGCCAAUUGCAGCACACUCUUGAAAGUACAAUAACAGGAGAUCUAUUUGACUGUGUUGAUAUGUAUAAGCAACCAGCAUUUGACCACCCUUUGUUGAAAAAUCAUACUCUUCAGUUAAAACCAAGUAGUUUUCCAAAAGGAAUGAAGCUUGGAAAAUCUAAAUCAGCUUCUUUUUAUGGAUUCAAUGAUACUUGCCCUUCUGGCACUGUUCUUGUCCACCGUGCUCGGAAACAAGAUUUAACUAAGUCUCAACUUUUGAGAAAUCAAUUUAGAGCACAAGCCAUAAUAGCUAACGAGCCAACUGCGGAUCAAAAUCAUUUCGCAAUAAUUGAAAAUGCACAUGGCCCAUUUUAUGGAGCGUAUGCAAAAAUGGCGACUUAUAAGCUUCCAGAUCUAAAAGCUAAUCAAACAUCAUCCAGCACUAUAUAUCUUCUUGGUAAUCCACAUGUUCCAAACAAUGAAAUCAAUGUGAUCGAGGCUGGUUGGCAGGUUUCAACGGCCUUGUAUGAUUCCAGUUAUCCUCGUUUUUUUACUUUUUGGACCAGUGAUGGGCAUGAGAAAACGGGAUGUCCAAAUUUGGACUGCCCUGGUUUUAUCAGCACCACUAAUAUUUAUGGGCCUGGAAGUUUUAUUCCUGAAUUUUCCAUUUACGGUGGCGAACAAAAAUAUCUAUCCAUACUAAUUGCUAGGGAUUCUCAAACAGGGAAUUGGUGGGUUACUUAUAAUAAUCAACUACCUCUUGGGUAUUUCCCUAAGGAAUUGCUUCCUAAGAUGCAGGAUCACGCAUCCGUUAUUCAAAUGGGUGGACAUGUUAACUCUCCCUUGAGUGUGCCGAGCCCUCCGAUGGGCAGUGGUCAUUCUAGUAAUGAAGGAUGGAAUAAAGCUGCUUAUUUCAUUCAAGUUCAGUUAGUGACUCGCUCGAAUAACUUGAUCAGAUUGAAUCCUGUAUUUACUUUUACUACGUGUGAUAUUAGUGAUUAUUAUUGCGUAUCUGAUAAGCAUUAUACAUAUGAUGAGAAUGUAUAUGUUUUUGCUUAUGGAGGAGUGGGAGGUUUCAAAAAGUGA